AAAGAUUUGUUUCAAUACGGUAGAGUAUAGUGUGUGUAUUGACGGUGGUGGUUGAGCCUUGAGGAGCAGCAGCAGCGACGACGAGACCCGUGUCAGCAGCCUCCUUCACUACCACCCUCCGCCUCACACACAACACCAGUCAUGCCUAAGAAUAAGGGAAAGGGAGGAAAGAACAGGAGGCGUGGUAAGAACGAAAAUGAGGCAGAGAAGAGGGAAUUGAUCUUCAAAGAGGAGGGGCAAGAAUAUGCACAGGUUACAAAAAUGCUUGGCAAUGGAAGACUAGAAGCUCUGUGUUUUACUGAUGGCAUGAAGCGACUUUGUCACAUUAGAGGAAAACUUCGCAAAAAAGUAUGGAUCAACCAAGGAGACAUCAUUCUUCUUGGACUACGUGACUAUCAAGACAAAAAAGCUGACGUGAUCCUGAAAUACAAUGCUGAUGAGGCCCGAAAUUUGAAGUCGUAUGGUGAAAUCCCAGAAUCGGUUAAGGUGAAUGAGAAUGCCACCUUUGUAGAAGAUGGCAUGGAUGAUGAUAUCGAGUUUGAUGACUACUCGGAGGAAGAGGAGGAUGUUGCAGCCGAUAUUGAUGCGAUAUGAAGAUGCAGGAAGCCUUGCGUAAGUGGUGCGAGUGUAAUUGGUCAGUCUUGCUAGAAAAGACACGGCAAGAUUGAUAAAUUUCAGCAAUGUUAAUAAAUAUUGGGAUUUUACCUAUUUAUUAAAGUCUAUAAACUGAUGAUAGCCAGUUAAUUAUGACCUAGAGGUAUAUAUAAAAUAAUUAGAACCAUUCAUAAAAAUCCAUAUCUUGCUAAUUUUCCCUUUUUGUUUAUUCUUUCCAUACAGUUUAAAGUUUUGUAUAGUAGCCACAUCUUAUUGCAAGGACGAUUGAAGCUUUUGUUCAUUAAAUGUCCAAAUUCACACUUCUAAAAUACUUUAACAUUUAUACCUAGACAUUUGAAUUCAGUUUUGGUAUGUAAAAGUUUGUUGCAAUUGAAACUUUAAUCUUGUCAUUUUAUAUAAAGCUUAAUAUCCAA